CUCGCCCAUAUUUAUUUUUAAAAGGAAAUUUGCUUUGGACCUUUCGUUUCAAGUGCGAAUCCUGUGCGUGUUUUUGCAAAAUUGAGCCCCACUUUAAUUAAUUCUAUAUGAGGCGCUUUACCGUUUAAAAAAAUGGAAGAUUUAGUGGGCUUACUGCAAGAGUACCUUUUGAUACCGAAAAACGUGAGCGAGAAUGAAAGGGACAGUGCAAGAGAUUCGUUGAGAAAAACGUUUGAGGAUUUGGAAAACUUGUUGUUGGACGAAGAAACGUGGAAAAUCUUCUUGGAGGACCAAUAUGACAUCACCAACUUGAAGACUAAGCUAAAUUCAAAGAACGACCAGGAACGAUCAGAGAUAUUUAGGUUUGGUAUGUCGUGCCUGAUAACAUUCACCCAAGCCAAUUUCACUGGGCCUCAUCCCUGCGAAAAGGUCAAUAACUUCCUCAGCAAAGAAAUAUUUCAAUCUCAAGACUUCAACAAAAUGCUGAGUUACAACAAUGAAGAGAUCAAUUGUAAAACUGAGUUUCCUCAGCUUCUUGUAACUGCAAAGAUUAUUUUUGAAUGGUGCAUUGUUAAUAGUAUUGUUAACAUUUGGUGGUACUGGAGGGCUUUGUAUCUUCAUCAGCAAGUUUUAGACGAACUCAGUCCUUCGUUGUUGUCAGAUGCUGACAGACUAUACAAAUUGCUUCAAGUUAAUUUUAAUCUGAAAGGAACCACCAAAGUAGCUCUUGACAUUGAAAUAGCACAACUGUAUUUACUCUUUCGAAAUGUCUCAAAGGCCAAAGAGCAUAUUACUUCAGCUGCCGACCUAUCUUACAAAUAUGACUAUGUGGGUAUUCUGGGCAAACGCACCAAGUUCCAGGAAAAUGAAAUUUCACAGCUUGCUUUGAAAAUUACUUUAAGUGACUCCCACCAGCAAGCAAAUCUAGAUGCAGCCAACUGUGAAGAAAAUUCAUCAGAUCCAGCUACAAAUGAUAGUUUUACACUUGAACUUGACACUAUUCUCAAUACAGAUGAAAAUUUACUGCCCAAAAAUCUUCCUUUAAAUGAUGAUACAAGGCAUGAAAACGUUUGCCUAUGUAUGGACGUAAACCCAAAUUUGGUACUACCAAAUUUAGCCCUAAAAUUAUUUUUGACCAUAGCCCAGGAGAUGUUAAUAGCAAAACCUUCAGAUGAGUUAUCAACUGAGGAACUUUUACCGUUUGUCGAGCUGAUUUUGUCCCAGAAAUCGACGUUUUGUGUUAAGGUUGUUGCUCUAUUAUUAAGAUGUAGGGCCGAAUCGAAAAAUAGGAGAACAGUGGAAAGAGCCUUGAGACAAUGCGAAGAAGUUUUAAGUCGUUUUACAAAAGAGCAACCUGAAGCUUUCGAUAGAUUCAAUGACGUGUUUGGUACUGGUUUGCCAGCAAUGUGGAAAGUUACAGUACAAUAUGCUGAUCUCUUGCUCAAUAUUGGCUUGCCAAAGAACGCCUUGGAUCUUUAUUUGAAGUUACAGCUUUGGGAAGAAGUUAUUGUUUGCUACACUAUUUUGAAGUUACGACACAAAGCUGCUGAAAUUAUUAAGCAACAGCUAGAUAAGAAACCAACUGUUAAAUUGUGGUGUCUUUUAGGUGACUCCACUGAUGAUGUAUCCUGCUAUGUAAAAGCUUGGGAUUUGUCCAAACGCCGAAGCCACAGAGCCCAAAGACACUGGGGCAACUUUUUGUAUAACAGGAAAAAGUAUGCUGAAUGUAUACCGCAUUUUGAGAAAAGUGUUUCUAUUAAUCCCCUGCAGCCUAAUGUUUGGUUCAGAUUAGGAUUUUCAGCUCAUCAAACUGAAAAUUGGCAAGUAGCUGCCACCGCAUACAAAAGAUACACCACAUUGGAACCAGAUGGUUUCGAGGCUUGGAAUAACUUGGCCCAAGCUUACCUGAAAAUUGGAAACAAGCGCAGCGCCCACCAGGCACUGUUGGAAGCUCUCAGGUGCAAUUUUGAGAAUUGGAAGGUUUGGGAAAACUUCUUGGUAGUCAGUUGUGACCUUUCCAUGUACUCUGACGUCAUCAGAGCCUACCAUCGUCUGCUCGAUUUGAAAGAAAAAUACCUCAACGUUGAAGUGCUACUCGAACUUGUUUCUGACGUGACCGACGACACUAUCGAUUGCGAAGGCCUACCAGGAGCCAGGUUUUUGCAGAAAACUAGAGAAUUACUAGGUCGUCUAGUGUCAAUAUAUCCAGGAGAAGGUGAAGUAUGGGACUUGUACGCCAAACUAGCUCCAACUACCCUCCUUAAAACGCAACGUUUCCAACGUGCUUACAAAGCCUAUACCAAGGACAACCAAUGGCCUAAAGAUUUAAAUAAAUGCAAACAAGUCCUUUAUCUUUGCUUCGAACUGGCCAACAUUGCAUUAUUAUCAUCAGAAAUCGACCCUAAGAGCACAGUACUUAACUCCAUUAAGCUGAACGUGAGCAGCGCUUUGACGGCAGUGAAACUACAAGAUUAUUUGGAGGAUGAAGAUGUUAAAGAACGUCUAAGUCAGUUGCCCUCGAUUUUGGAUAGCAUCAUCAAAAAGCAGAAAAGCGCCGAUAUCAGCAAAUAACCCGCAAUGCUUUGCGGCCUUAACAUUGUGGAUUAUUCGGAAUUUUGAAGUUUGAGGGACUGAUGUAAAAAUUUUGUACAAUAGGAGAUAAUUUUAUUUUUUAUGUUUUCAAUUCAAGAACUUAUUAUAUGUAAUGUUAAGUAAGUAAUUAAUGUUAAACUAGAUUUAUUGAAUAUUAAAUGAAAUGUAAAACGUC